AUGCCACUCCCCGAACAAUCAUCCGAUGUCGAAAGGCAGACAGCCAACACCAACAUCCACAACUCUGAGAGGGUGCAAAGGCUGCAAUCCGCUGUCCUAGGAGCCAACGAAGGGCUGGUGUUCACAGCAUCGCUGAUGAUGGGAAUUGGAAAUUUGAAAAAGGAGGAAACAGCCAUGAUCCUCUAUGUGUUCACUGGACUAGUUGCGGGUGCAAUUAACAUCUCGAUAAGAGAGUUCAUCUCUGUCUACCAUGAUAUAGAGGUGGCCCAGAUGAAUAGCCCGAUGCAAACGGCGGCAGUGUCGGCUCACACCUUCUUCAUCGGUGGGAUGAUUCCACUACUGACGGCAGCAUUUAUAAAGAUACACAAGGUGCUAGGGGUGGUGAUAGCAGUGACCUUGGCAUUAAUGCUCUUUGGAGGUCUUAGAGCCAAGUUGGGGAGAACGCCAAUAGGGAGAUCUUGUUUGAUGGUAAUGGUCGAAGGUUGGUUUGCAAUGCUUAUGAAUUUUGGCUUAAUGAAGUUGUUUCAGUCUCUUUCUCAUUGGUAG